CCUGCGCAGGCUUUAUCAAGUCCUGCCCCUUUGCCGGGCCGCCUGGCUCUCCGGUAGCCAAUAUGGCGACUCCCUGUGUGUCCUGCGGCGCAGCAGCUUUCUACCGGCUCUUUCUUGGAGGUAGGGUUAGCCUCACCCGGAGACAAGGCGUUUGGAAAGCCGGGGCUGUUGAGUUGCAGACAGGUACUGGAUUCCAGAUAUUAAGGCUAAGGCACACCACAGGUGUAACAACAAAGAAAAAUGUUGCAGCCUUAAGACGUGAAACUUACACAGUGGAUUUUAUUAAAAAGCAAAUUGAAGAGUUCAACAUAGGAAAGAGACAUUUAGCCAACAUGAUGGGAGAAGAUCCAGAAACUUUCACACAAGAGGACAUUGACAGAGCUAUUGCUUAUCUUUUUCCGAGUGGUUUGUUUGAGAAGCAAGCCAGGCCAGUAAUGAAGCAUCCUGAACAGAUUUUUCCAAAACAAAGAGCGAUCCAGUGGGGAGAAGAUGGCCGUCCAUUUCAUUUUCUCUUUUAUACUGGCAAACAGUCGUAUUAUUCAUUAAUGCAUGAAGCAUAUGGAAAGCUACUAGAAGCAGAAAAACGUCAGAAUCAGUUGCAAGCCAAAGGUCUAUUUUCAGAAAAAACUGAAACCAAAGACCUGAUUGGCAGCAGAUGGCUGAUUAAGGAGGAACUAGAAGAAAUGUUAGUGGAAAAACUGUCAGAUCAAGAUUAUGCACAGUUCAUUCGGCUGCUGGAAAGGUUAUUGACACUGCACUGUGGUGCCGAAGAAGAAUUUGUACAGAGAUUCCGUAAGAGUGUAACUAUUCAAUCAAAAAAACACCUGAUUGAACCUGUGCAGUAUGACGAGCAAGGAAUGGCCUUCAGCACCAGCGAAGGUAAAAGAAAGAGCGCAAAGGCAGAAGCAGUUGUUUAUGAGCAUGGAAGUGGAAGAAUAAAAGUAAAUGGAAUUGAUUACCUGCUUUACUUCCCAGUGACACAAGACAGAGAACAGUUGAUGUUCCCCUUCCACUUCCUCGACCGACUUGGAAAACACGACACGACCUGCACGGUCUCGGGCGGUGGGCGGUCGUCCCAGGCUGGAGCCAUACGCCUGGCGGUGGCCAGAGCCUUGUGCAGUUUUGUCACCGAGGAAGAGGUCGAGUGGAUGAGACAAGCUGGACUGCUGACUGCCGACCCACGCGUCAGAGAACGAAAGAAGCCAGGCCAAGAGGGAGCCCGCAGAAAGUUUACCUGGAAGAAGCGCUAAGUGUUCUUUCACGGGCGAGGAGAGGAAACGCCGUGUAUAUGUGCCUGGCAUGUGGCAGACAUACAAUAAAUAUUUGCUGGCCAGUAUGAGGGCAACACUAUCA